CCGUGACUGCUGUCUCCUGCACGCGUGUCGCCAGGCUCCGCAAGCCGAGCUGCGUGCCCCGGAGCUCCCCUUCCUCAACCCGCAGGCCAGGCGCGCGCCGCAGGAGUCUCGCCUCACCCCUUCCUUUCCUAGAGGCCACAGGGCCAGGAGCUCCCGGCCGCCCGAGCUGCCGCCGCUGUCCCUAGUCCUGCGCUCCAGUACGCGCCGGACUGCUGGGGCGCGGGCGGCGAGCGCAGGGCGGGCAUAAGCACGGGUAGAGGAGCGGCGCGGAAGGGACGGAAGCGAAGGGGAGGGUAGAUGAGGAGAGAGGCGAGGAGCCGAGGAGCGAAGGCGGGAACCGCCCCGCCCCGUGCCCCUCACGCUUGCUCGCUCCGGAGACUUGCGGGAGGCCGCCUGGGCGCGCUAACCGGGUCACCUUGUCCCGGAGGAGACAUGGGUUUCCUGCGACAAGUGUGACCCUGGAGCCUGUGGAGCCCCUGGAGCCCUGGAGGACCCUGGAGCCCCUGGAAGUGUGACACCUUCCAGCCUGACAUCCGGUUGGUGAGGGAAAGCACCAUGGAUGGCAUAAUUGAACAGAAGAGUGUACUGGUGCACAGUAAAAUCAGCAAUGCUGGCAAGAGGAAUGGUUUAAUUAACACCAGAAACUUCAUGGCUGAGAGCAGAGAUGGCCUUGUGUCUGUUUACCCAGCACCCCAGUACCAGAGCUGCCAGGUGGUGGGCAGCGCAGCAUCAGCCACCAUGGACAGCAGCAGGAAUGAGCCAAUCCAGCAACUGCUAGACCCCAGUACCCUUCAGCAGUCGGUGGAAUCCCACUACCAUCCCAACAUCAUCCUCUACUCGGAGGGCAUGCUGCACUCCUGGGGGAACAGUGUGGCUGCCGACUGUUGUGAGACCACCUUCAUUGAGGACAUGUCACCCACCAAAGAGAGCCUAGAGUACCGCGAUGGAAAGUUCAUUGACCUCUCAGCUGAUGACAUCAAAAUCCACACCCUCUCCUAUGACGUGGAGGAGGAAGAGGAAUUCCAGGAGCUGGAGAGCAACUACUCAAGUGACACAGAGAGUGAGGACAACUUCCUCAUGAUGCCCCCACGGGACCACCUGGGCCUCAGCGUCUUCUCCAUGCUCUGCUGCUUCUGGCCUUUUGGUGUCGCGGCCUUCUACCUGUCCCACGAGGCUUCUACAGGAGUGGGCUCUGCAAUGCUUGAAAGGAAGAGGCCUUUCCUUUGCUAUCCAACGAACAAAGCCGUGGCCAAGGGGGACUUCCACCAGGCUGGCAACAGUUCUCGGCGAGCGCUGUUCCUGGCUGUGCUCUCCAUUACAAUUGGAACUGGCAUCUAUGUGGGCGUGGCUGUGGCCCUCAUCGCCUACCUCUCCAAGAACAAUCACCUAUGAUGAGCUUCCUCCGGGUACACAGGGGAAGAACCUGGGACCAGUUGCAUGUGGAUGCAGAGAAAUCAGGGCUGGCAAGAGAGACACAUAUGUGUGACACUGUAUAGCAUAAAUUAUUGCCAAACAACUCCAUAACACCCUGAAAUUUCUACCCAUGGAUUUCUUUGGUUUUUACCCUUUAAUUUAAUUUUCACAGCACUGUGUAGACCAUGAAACAAAUGGGCACUGCUAACCUUUCCAAGUGGAAGCUCCAGAGAUCCUGAUCCACGAGACUGUCUCUGGAUGGUUUCUGGUAGUUUAAUGACAGAGCAGCUCUUUCUGCAGUCUGCCAGUGCCUGUAAUACCAUAGUGUUAGCAAUAUACAAACAGUAACAAUGUGUUUAUUUUUUAUGGAGUAUGGUGCAAUAGGCAGAAGGCAGGGGACAUGCCUUCUGGCUGUUUCCAUGGUUGACUCCUCUGGCAUUCCCUCAGUCCACUCUCCUUCCCUGACCAAGAAGAAAAACAAAACUGCUGGCAGGACCCAUGUUGUCACUGGUCUUCAGAUAGGUCCAUCCCUGAAAGUACAAAGCCAGAAUAGCGUGGGACCUGUCCCCAGGCCCAGUCUUUUAUUCCCUCCACACUGUCCCCAGCCUAGGAACACCUGCUCUCCCUUGGAACAUGUCCAAACACAGCAGCCACCACACAGCAAUCUGCAAUCUUGGGCCUCAUUGAUCUAGGGGUGGGGAGCAGGCCACAGUCCUUCCUAAGACUCCUCCCAAAAGGGCCCCAGGCUUUGCUCCAGAACUCAAAGCAAAGGAGCUGUGGAUGCCACCUCACCAUAAAGAGUUAGCACUCACCUUGGUGAUAAGUAGUGGCACUAGUGAUCUUAGGAGAUGACCAUUCUGUCGACUAAAUGAAUAGGUAUUUUCUUGUCAUUUUUUUAAAGUGCAACUAUUGUUUUAUGCUGCUUAAGUUAUCAGAUGAAUGCUGAGAAAUAAGUAAUCACAGACAUUUUAAUACCAGUUCUCUGCUGUUUCACGAGUGUUCAUUAUUUAACAAAAAUUAUCUUUUAGCUUUUUUGCUUAAGACUUUUCUUUCUGAUUAAUAACAAUUCUUGGGUUUCACUUAUAGUUUUUAUUUGUUUAAAUAAUCACAGAGCCACCCAGGACUCAGCUGCUGAAACAGGUCUCCUAAGAUGAGAAUUAAAUCAUCUCUGGCUGCUUGAGUUCCACCUUGAAUACUGUUACUAAGUAUUGUUUUCCUGAUACUUUUGGUGGACACUGAGACCAUCUCUCUAGGAGAGAUUUCACCCCAGCAUUUACAGAAUUCCUGCUGCUUGGGUCCUAGCUCCAAAUUCCUGAUUUGAUUGAUCAGAGGUACAGCCUGGUGGUUCCAGUGUGCGGUACAAGUGUCCUAGAGAAAGCACUCAGGUUUGAUCUCCCUCACCCUUGACCUUAAAAACUUAAUAUUUUGAAAAUUACUACCACUGCCUUCCUGGGUCAAGUCCAAGAUCCUCUACUAUUUGGCUCUAAUGGAUGCUUCAAAAAUGUGCUCUCAAAAGAGUAUAUGGAAGAAGCCCAAAUGUCCCUAUAAGAGUCAGAAUAACCUGGAGAAGGCAUGGAUUUGGGAUCAGUACUUUCUAGCUCUGUGAUCCUGGAUAGAUGGGUGUACUUCUCUGAACCUCAUCUUUAGAAGAGGAUGAUGAAUGAGGCCCACUUCCUAGGAUUCUGCUGAGUACAUGGACACAGACCCCAGCCACUCGCAUGGGUCAUGUGAGAAAGGUGGGGUGGUCACCAUUAUUCCCAGUGUCAAGGUAGUCAUCCCACAGCUUGUUUGUGUCCUCCCAUCUUUUCAGUGCUAUCUCUCAGGGUUUAUUCAUCAGGAGCCAUUGUAUGAAAUGGACUUCUUUGUAUUUGUCCUAAAACAGUUCAUUUUACGUUCAAGAGGUGUCCAAAGUUGCAUGUUUUUGGAUUUGGUUAAGAAGUAGAACCAACCCUGUGUGUCCCAUCUUACCAUCUCUACCACCACUUCAUGGUUGCUCUACCCCAAUCCCUCUGUGCCCAGGCAUCCUGUCUCCUGCUACACCAACCUCCUAUCCUCUCUCAGUCCCUGACUUUGCAGAUGGAAAAGCCUCCAUUUAAAAUAUGAGGUGUGAUCAAAAAAAUACAGUGAAUGUUUAAAUUAAAAAAUUAUUAUAGUAAAAGACACAUUGU